UAAACAUAGUUAAACCCGGCCCAGAAAAAGACCCGACCCGAAUGGUUACGGUAAAUGAAACAAGUGUGUGUGUGUGUGUGUGUACGGUGUACCUGAGCCAGAGGGGUGGUGGUGAGCUUAAGCUUUGUAGUAUAUAAUGCUUGUCUCUGUCACUCCCACAACACUCAUAUUUGCCGGCAAAUGCCCCAAAGAUUCUUUCUUUCUUCUUAAUCCUAUCAAACUACACAAGAUUCAGUAAUGGCUUCCGCCUGCGUUAAAAGUGCCGGUGUCUCGCCGGAGAAGUUCUCGGCGUUCGGGUGGACGAGCCCUCGAAUGUCUUUGACCCGAGAAGACAACAACAACAACAACAGACGCUCCUCCUCCGUGGAUCCUUUACCGGAUAAGCAAGAUCCGGUUGUGGAUUUUGAGUUUUGUCUCGAAGAUCCGGUCACAAUGCUCUCCGCCGACGAGCUCUUCUCCGACGGAAAGCUCGUGCCUUUGAAGUUCUCUGGUGGCUCCAAGACUACCACCGAACGGAGAGAACCACCGGAGAUUCUGAAAUCUUGCCGGAGACUUGAGAUGGAGAUCUCUGACCUCUUCUCCCCUAAAGCUCCUCGGUGUACAACUCGAUGGAGAGAGCUUUUAGGCCUCAAGAGACUUGUCAACGCCAAGCCACAAGAAUCCACUUCUGCCCCCGCUAACCCGAAAACGUCGUCGUUGAAGCAAUUUCUCCACCGGGGAUCUAAAUCCUCCUCCACCGCCGCAUCAUCCCCGCCUCUGCAAAAGGAAUCAGAAUCGAUCUCAAUCGCCUCGUCACGUCUCUCACUCUCUUCCUCCUCAUCCUCCGGCCACGAGAUCGAUGACCUUCCAAGACUCUCGCUUGACCUAGACAAACCGAGUCCUAACCCCUUCGCUCCGUCUCGGACUCAUUUACGAAACACUAACCAACCAAGCCUCAGGUUUGCCAAACCCAGACGGCAUCAUCCUCCGUCGACGCCUUCCGUUGACGGCUCGCCACCAUCAGCUUCGACCAACAUCGAACCUCGGGGACUCACUGUCACGGCGGAUAGUCCCAGACUCAACGCCUCCGGUAAAAUCGUGUUUCAUGGACUCGAGAGGAGCUCCAGUAGUCCCGGAAGCUUCACCGGCGGACCCAGAAUGAAGCAGCACCAUGGGAUGCCGAGAUCGUACUCUGCUAAUGUCAGAAUCACGCCGGUGCUUAAUGUUCCGGUAUGUUCGCUCAAAUCAGGGCUCUUCUUCGGUCAGCUUUUCUCAUCAUCGUCGUCUUCUUCUCCGUCCCCGGGGAACAAACCGCAGAUACACAGCAACGGGAAGAACCGGUCCAAUCGAACCAGACUUGAACCGAAAUUUGAACAAUUAGAGAAGUAAACCGGAUUGAGUCACCUGGUAAACCGCUAUGGGUUUUUUUUAGGCAGAAGGGGGAAAUCUUAACGCUUUUGCUUUUGUGGGGUUGUUUUGUAAACUGGAGUUUUGUUUAGAGGGCAUAAAUGUGUAAAUACGGUUUUAACAAUUUCUAAUAUUCUCGGUUUAUGGCAUUUUAAUCAAAACAAGUCUCAUCGAUUUGAGUCGUUGUUGAGAUUUUUACUUGGAAAGACCAAAAGAAAGCAA